AUGUCCACCGUCGUCGCAGUCGCUGGUGGCAGCGGCAACCUGGGCCGCACCAUCGUCGAGGCCAUCCUCGCCGACGGCAAAUUCACCCCCAUCAUCUUGGCUCGCAAGGCAAGCUGCGCCCUAGCCCUUCCCUCAGUUGAGAACCCCGCGAAAGCCAAACUGAUCGGCGCCCCCAUCUUGGCCAUCGACUACACGAAUGUCGAGUCCCUGACGAAGUCGCUCGAGGAGGGGAAUAUCGCAGUGGUCAUCUCCGUGCUCAACACAAUGGCCAGCAUCGAGCCGGAGCUCAACCUUAUCGCCGCGUCGGAUGCCUCCAAACCCACUAAGCGAUUCAUCCCUAGCAUCUGGGGCGUCAAGUUUCCGCCAGAGAUCAUAGAGCUUUUCCCCUCGGCCAAGGGCAAGCUCGACGUGAUUGACGCCCUGGCAUCUACCUCGCUUGAAUACACCGUAUGGAUCCCAGGCUACUUCUCGGACUGGUACAUCGCCCCCCACCUUAAGACCUAUAUGAGCACCUUCACCAUCGUCGUAGACGUGGCCAACAACACCGCCGCCAUUCCGGGCAGCGCUGAUGUGCCCGUCGCGCUCACUUAUACCUUUGACAUGGCCAAGCUCGUCGCCGCAUCUCUCACCCUCCCCAAGUGGGAGCUAGAGACCUACUGUAUUGGCGAUAAGGUUACCUGGAACGAGCUUAUCGCUAUCGCCGAGGAGGUAAAGGGUACCAAGUUCAAGGUUACCUAUGACUCGGUCGAGAAACUGAGGACUCUCUCCGUUACAGAGCUGCCCGACCACCCGCAGACCUACAGCUUUUUCCCCAAGGAGAUGCUCCAGGCCUUCCUGGCCACCUUCGGCGUCAUGUUUGAUAAUGGUACCUUCAAUCUCACACCGGCCCACGACAUCCAGCAGGACUUCCCCGACAUCAAGCUCCACAGCGUGAAAGAGCUACUGACUGAGGCUUGA